AUGGCGCAGGUAGUUGGCCAACAGAUCCUCCGGGAUCCGGCAUUAUUCUAUUGGAUUUUGUUCCCGAUCACGAUUGUUAUGAUCUUGACCGGUGUUCUCCGCCAUUAUGCCACCUUACUCCUGCAAUCUGCCCCCAAGCCCCUCGAAGCCAAGGCAAUCCGCGAACAGAAAAAUUAUCUUCACGGCUUGAACCUUCGCACAAACGCGAAUCAGAUCCCACUUUCCUCAUUCACCUCUCGUAAAAACUACCUAGUCCAAGCGUUCCAAUCCGGCACUUUCCUAAAGGACCCCGAUGCCUCAAAUAAACCCCCAGCGAAUCCCAUGUCCGAUCCUAACGGGAUGGAGACAAUGAUGAAUAUGAUGAAGGGGAAUAUGAUGAUGAUUGUGCCACAGACGGUUAUUAUGGGGUGGAUCAACGCUUUUUUCAGUGGAUUCGUUAUCAUGAAACUUCCUUUCCCAUUGACGAUUCGAUUCAAGUCUAUGCUCCAGAGUGGGGUUAUGACUAGGGAUAUGGAUGUUAGAUGGGUGUCUUCUCUUUCUUGGUACUUCUUGUGCUUGUUCGGAUUGAGACCAGUGUUUACAUUUAUUCUGGGGAACGAUAAUGCGGCCGAUCAAACUAUGGCUCAAGUUCAGCAGAUGAAUCCACAAGCGAAUACCCAACAACUUUUCGGACCAGGGCAAGAUCCUGCAAAGAUGUAUUUGGCCGAGGCGGAAAAUUUGGAGGUUAUGGUACAACAUGAGUUUGUAUUGGAUGGGAUUGUGGAUCGGAUAUUGGCGAGAGUAUAA